AUGUGUACACCGCAAUCUAAACCCAACGGCGCAUCUAAUGAUAGCGUCAAUAUUAGACAGUCAUCCAGCGCAUCAGAGAAAGCAACCGAAAAUUGGAAAAAACUAAAGCAAUCGGAAGGAAGCUUUCUAAAAGCGAUAGCCAAACUGACACGAUCGGGUGAUAAACUAAACGAUCUAGUGUCACAAGUAUACCUCGAGCUCGACAGCGAUCCAUUACACCCGUUAUAUGAACACUUCGACCGUUUUCCAGCCAUUUUGACAUGUUUGUGCGCUAAAAAUCAAAAAACUAGGGAACGCAUGGGGUGUGAUCUCAUGCAAUUAGUAGCCGAGCACCUCUUCCCUAGAUCUAAUGUCUACACUAGCACUUCUCUUCCCAAUCCUAAUACCAAUACAUCCGUCACGUCAGAUUCUCAGAAAAGAUCUGCCUCUUGCGAGCCCACAGUCAUCGAUAAACGAUCUAUAAAACGUCCACGUGUAGGACCAUAUGAGAAGGUCAUGGAUUUCGGAAAUUCCACAAAAGAAAUGCAGAAAGGUAAUACAUCAGCAACUCCAAAUGGCCAUGACGGACAAGCGGUGUCUUUUAUUCCAUCAGCAACAGAAGAACAGCAAUUGCCACAACUCAGUCGUAUGCAACAGACUCCUCUGACUUCUGGGCUGAUCGAAGUGCAGGAAGGUAAUGUGCCGACCGUCGGUAGUAUUCUUAUCACAGAUAUGAUCGGAGGAGGACAACUGCAGCCGUUACCUUAUGUGCAGCGAACCGACAGUGGCUAUACUUCUUUAUAUGCUGAUAGUUUUGGGACCAUCUAUAGCUCUCCGCCAUCUUAUAAUACGGAUGGCAUUGCAUCACAAGUGAGAAUGAUAGCGACAUCACAGGAUCAUAAUUACCACUUACUCAUGAAGCUGAAAUACGUCGGAAAUGUGCCAGAGAUUAAAGAUAUCACUCGCGUCCAAACUAUAACGGGAAAUGGAGUGUAA